GUCCUUACUCUGAUAUAGAAAACCUGAUCAUCGAAAAAGCUUCUUUAGCUGGUGAACUUCUUGUUAAAUUCGACGAUUACGAUAUUGAUCUUAAACACGAGAUUCAAAUUUCUAACCACGAUCGAAAUAAACAACGACAGAUCAAACGAAUGGAGUGCGAUCUUGCUUUGAAAAAUAUUAAUGACAUAAUUACACAUCUUAUUUAUGAUAAGCAAUUAUCAUCAACAUCAACAUACAUCAACAAAGAAGCAUGCUUCGUAGAAGAACUUAUCGAAACUACAACACAACAAACUAUCUACACUGCUGAAGCGAUUGCUCAACAAUACGUUCAACAAGCCAAUUUUCAUACAGAAAAAAUACUAACCAUUCGUGACAAAUUCAAAAAACCACCAACAGUUGACACCAUUAUCAAUGUCAUCGAAAAUCGUAAAAUCAAUAUGCUUCAACGUGUUCAGUGCAAUAUCGCCCACCAACUUGGCUCACCCUCACCCCCGACUAUUGAAAAUACAAUUCAUUCUGCUACAAAGAAGAUAUCUGAUUAUCUAGAUCAAUCAAUACGACCUAUAUUUAAUGAUGUAUGUGAAAGGACAACAAUUAUUGAUGGUACUUCAGCAAUUAAAGAACUAUCAAAAUAUGCUGACAAAGGUCUUCUUAAACCACCAACUCUUUUUUGUACCAUUGAUAUUCGUAAUUUAUUUUCCAUGUUACCACAAGAAGAAUCAUUAAAAAUUUUAGUUCAAUUUCUUGAUAAAAAUGGACAUACAAAAGUCGAUUAA